AUGGAGGAGUUUGAUGUACUGGAUGCAACGGGUACUAAAAAUUUAGAGUCAUAUUCUACUUGCGACUCGCUGUAUACUAAUGAAGAGAUUGAAAUUUCACGGUUUAAUCCUAAUUGGGAUCCUUUCAAUAAUAAUAGUCAAGCUGACAAAUUGUCAUCGUUUCAAUUUAUCCCUACAGCUCGAAGAAAAGAUGCGUUGAGACAAAAUGUCUCCAUCAAAAAAUAUCCUUGUUCAAAUUGUUCGAGCGUUUACAACAGACAAGAUAAUUUAAGGCAACAUAUGAAAUACGUUUGUAAUCAAAGGCCCAGAUUCAAGUGCCCCUAUUGUGACUAUGUAGCAAAAUGGACGUUUAGCGUUUACGGUCAUGUGCGAAACAAACAUUGCGAUAUGAAAGUUGGUUACGAGCAUGUAGAAAAGCCGGGAACAGUGAUAUUGUUAGAAAAUCGAUAA